AUGUCUAAUUCGCUUAUUUUAUCAUAUAGGAUAAAUGCUUCGAUGAAAAAGGUAUGCAAUCCUAGUUUUAGUGGACCCUUAUGCCAGUUCUUUGUGGAACGUCAACCAGCUGGUGAAAUCAUCGAGGUUAUAACAACGUCAGAGAGCUCAAAUCCUCUAAACGCUGUUCCCAGUAGCAGUGCCAGCAGCCUCAGCGGCGGAGGUACCGACGGCAAAGGCAACAGAGGCGACCAUAGUGCGGCCGGCCGCUCAGAGUUCAAUCCGCGGUGUGAAAGGGCUCGUGAACUCAUCGGGGACGAAGUCUGUCUGAACCGUGGUGUCUGUCGCGACAGUCCAGACGGCACUAGCUACGCCUGUUACUGUUCUCCUGGGUACAGCGGCUCACGAUGUGAGCUCUUGGAUUUCUGCUUUAACAUAACCUGCAGUGGACACGGCCAAUGUCGACAAUUCGGAGCGAGACUGGAUAAUUUCGUAUGCGAAUGCGAGCCUGGAUGGAAGGGUGUACUGUGUGAAAUAUCAUACUUGAACGCCUGUGAGGCGGCCUUCUAUAACUUGCCCAAAGAUCAACUGUCCAUUUGUCUACACGGUGGCAUUUGCAUUGAGCAUUACAAUGGGUCUGGCUUCUACUGCCAGUGCAUAAAUGGGUGGUUGGGAGAACGUUGCGGAACCCAUUUUACGCAGGUGGGUCAAUGCUAA